GAAUACUUCGAUUCCUAAUUUAAAUUUUUUUUUGAAAAUAAAAUGUCAAACCUACGUUAUUUCCUCUACGAUGAAGUUUGUGUUCACAAUAAAAAGGAUGAUUUUUGGAUUGUAAUUCAUGGCAACGUUUUCGAUUUGACGCCCAUGCUAAGAGAUCGUCAAGAUUCGUGGAAUAAAAAUUUAGAUUUGUUGUUGGCAUUUGGUGGCAAAGAUCUGUCGCAUUUCUUUCACAUAAAUCAUGAGCCCAUAACAGAGAUCUCAAGUCGUUCGGGAAAGCCUCGCGUCCUAUUUCCACCCAUAUUGGAGAGGGCACAAAGUGAGUUUUGUGGGACACCCUGCAGGCUAUGGAGUCAGGAUCCUCGCUAUCACAUUGGUCGUCUAACGGCAAGGGAGAGGAAAAUACGGCUCAUUAAUACCCUGACGGGUAGGACUAUUCUUAUGAAGGUUUGCCAGGAGGAUACCAUCUAUGACAUACAAAGGAAAUAUAAGGAACGCUAUAAUCUGCAUGCCGGCAGCUAUUUGUGGCGUAAAUUUUCCUAUGGUGGUCAUUGUCCGGGAGAUUUGAAAUUCCAUGAAACCCUUGAUGCCAAUGGCCUUUUGGAAGAGGAAUCUGAUAUUGAAUUACCUCCUCCCUCGAUUUGGUUGUAUUACACGGAUGAUUUGACAGUGGCCUGAGAAACUUUGGGAGGAAAAGAAUGCCUACUUGUCUUCUAUUAAAAUAUCUUUGGUUCGUGCAAAAUUCAAUGUCUUUAUUACACAAAUUGCUGGUGUUGUUGCUGCUGUUGUUGUCGAUUGUUCCCAUUCAGGUUGGCAUUGUCUUGGAGGAAAAAUAGUUUCCACCGCCAUAAUAAUGACACAUUUUAUUCAAAUUA